AUGUCAUUCCUUCGUUCUUCAACUCCUUUGAAAAGUAAGGAGUUUCAGAAUCAGAAUGAUAUAUCUCAUAUCUCAGAUGAGGAAUUUGAGUCAUUAAAAGCUCCAUAUCAAUUUACAACCCAGCAAAAAUUAUAUCAUUUUUUAUGCUUCAUUGUUUUCUUCGGAAUCAUAAGAUUAUUAUUAAUAGUUUUCAUAGUUAUAUUUGCUUCAUUCUUAAUUCUUGGAUACAAGUUUGCUUUAACAGCAUUUCAAUUUCCAUCGAAAGCAGGCAAAAGUUUCUGCCUAUCCAUUGCAAGAUUUGGCAUUAGAAGUGUCCUGUUCCUACUUGGCAUCGUAUAUAUCAAUACAGAUGGCCAAUUUGACGAUGGAGCUCGCUUUGUAAUUUCAAAUCACAUUGGAUUACUCGAUGCCUUCGUAAUUUUAUACUUCCACGAUUUAACAAUUAUAGUUGACCAGGUAUACAGAACAUAUCCAUUCAUCUCAUUACUUUUAGAUUCUGUUAAUGCCGUGUAUAUCGAUCCAAGAAAGCCAAAAUAUCGUACGAAAAUGAUUAUUGAUGUAGUUGAUGACUUUUCAAAUUCUCCAGUUCUCGUAUUUCCAGAAGGCGCUCCAUCUGGACGCGGUGCAGCUUUAAUGAAAUACGAAAAGACGGCUUUCUCAACUCCAUACAAAGUUCAGCCAAUUACAAUGAGAUACCACAUGUUCGGAGUUCCAUAUGGAUAUAAUACAUACGGAUAUCAAGGAGAAAACUUAUUUUAUUACAUUUAUCGUCUUCUUUCAAUGCCUCCAUCAUUACUUUCCAUACACUUCCUCCCAUAUAUGUCCAUGGAAAAAGACGCUAAAUCAGAAGUUAAAGCAUUCUCUCACAAUGCUCAACUCAACAUGGCUAAUUUCAUUGGAAUUCGCGCAGUAGACCACUCAUGCUCUGUUAUGAAAAAAGAUAAAACAGAUUAA